CGGCAGGCUUUGGGUGUAGCACUUUGUAGUUCUUCCUCUGCUCUGCUUCCCUUUGGUGGAAAACUUCAGGGAUGAACGUUUAGUAGGUGCUGGUUACGGCGACCUUAAUGGAUCUGCGCCUGAUCCCGUCACAUUGGCUCCCGAAAGGCCAUUGGUCUGCAUUAUGCUGUUUCCCAAUUCGCAGAAUCCAGGGCCACGCGGCUUGUUGUGCCUAGACUCUUGGAGCUCAAGGACUGAGCCGCCGAGGCCGGACAGCUUGGGAAAGGGAACCCAAGCAGCAUUUUUCUGUGCUUCUGCUUCAUAACUUAGGGUUGCCAUUGGGAAUUAGGAUUACUUUUCCUUUUUAAAUGAAGACAGAAAAUUGCCUUUAUUUUUGUAUUGCUUCAUUUUAUAAUGCAAACAUUCCAGUGUUGGCAGUUAGAAUAUUUUCCAUUUUAUUAAAAACUGAUUUGUUACCAUUUUGAUGGAGACCUACCGAAAGCUGUUUGUUCUGCCCUUUUGGCCAGGAGGCAGUAAUGAGGACUGCCUACUACUUGUUAGGGACUAGGAGUUCAGAGAAGAGACACGCUUCCAGCCUUCAGAGAUCUCUGGUAUCUCUGCAAUAGUGAUUCUAUGUUUUGCAUUUCAGAAGUGUUUUUCUCCCUUUAAUAAUUACAUACAUUGUCAGUUUAGAAAAAGAAAUCGCUUUUUAACAUUCCUGUUGCAUGCAUGGUCCUUGUAAAAAGACAAAAAGAACUACCUGUUGGUGGAGGGGGAGAGGAAAAACUCCUUUUUUCAUACCCCCAGGGCCUCUAAAGAGAGCAAUCACUACACUUAUGGCUGGGAUUUUGCGCUUAGUUGCUCAGAGGCCCACAGGCAGACUACAGACCGUGGCAAAAGAUGUGGAGUCUCUUAUUUGUACAGAUUGGAUUCGUCACAAAUUCACCAAAUCAAGAAUUCCAGAUAAAGUGUUUCAGGCCUCACCUGAAGAUCAUGAAAAAUAUGGUGGGGAUCCACAGAACCCUCAUAAACUGCAUAUUGUUACCAGAAUAAAAAGUACAAGAAGACGUCCAUAUUGGGAAAAAGAUAUAAUAAAGAUGCUUAAAUUAGAAAAAGCACAUACUCCUCAAGUUCACAAGAAUAUCCCUUCAGUGAAUGCAAAAUUGAAAGUGGUUAAGCAUUUGAUAAGAAUCAAGCCCUUGAAGUUGCCACAAGGACUUCCAACAGAGGAGAACAUGUCUAACACAUGCCUCAAAAGCACUGGGGAAUUAGUAGUGCAAUGGCAUCUGAAACCUGUGGAGCAGAAAGCAGAUGAGGCCUAGUGCCUGACCAGCUUCCAAUUGUAAAAUCCAAAUUGUUUUUAUUUAAAGAUAGUGAGAAAGUGUUUUCAUUAAAAUGUGUUUUAAAAACCA